AAAGACAAAACAAAAGAAGAAAACAAGAAAAGACAGAAGAAGAAGUGGGGUUAGGGUUUGCAUUUGCCUUCCUUCAUGCAAAUCCCGAAUCCCUUCCUUUCUCUCUUCUCUGUCCCUCUCCUUCUCUUCGUUGCCUUUUGAAUCUCAGCCGUCCAUUUGAUUCCUUUCAACUCAAUCUUCUCUUUUCCACUCGAUGGCCACAAAUCCUAAGAAUCCGAAUCUUGAUCAGAAAGGAGAGGAUCUUGAAGACGACAUGGCGGCCGAUCUCAUCUUCACCAAACGGAGGUGCUGCUUCUGUAUUCCAUGUUUCAGAUCUGAUCGAGCGAAUUCGACCAUUGGAUCGGAGUCAGCGUUCUGGAAGCAGAGUUGGACGGACGAGAUUGAAGGGAGGUGGUGGAAGGGGUGGAAUGCUCUGAAGAAGGUGAAAGAAUGGUCCGAGAUCGUUGCGGGGCCCAGAUGGAAGACGUUUAUACGGAGAUUUAAUAGGAAAGGGAGCAGGUGUGGGAAAUACCAAUACGAUCCCUUGAGCUAUGCGCUGAAUUUCGAUGAGGGGCAUGGGCAAAAUGGUCAUUUGGAGGGCGAGCAUGGAUACCGUGAUUUCUCGACCCGUUAUGCUGCUGCGAAAUCGUCGAUGGAUCUCGGAAAGGACGGCCCGGAUUUCGCGACGGGCGCGGGACAUUGAUUCCCAUGCGAGUUUGGUAACGCGGGUGGUUGAUGGAUGGAGGGGUGGGCGGUGGUGAGUGGAUUCGGACCCGACUUGCCUGUAAACCUAGCUCUGUGGGGCCCACGGAGACGUUUCUAUUAUAUCCACUCCGUCCAUCCAUUUAUCCUGCUCAUUUUAGGAUCAGGGGCCCAAAAUCAUAAGUCAGGUGGGCUGCACACCAUAAGAAGCAGUCGAAAUGGAAACGUACACCGUUGAAACCUUCCGGGGCCCACCGUGAUGUUCAUAUGCCAUCCAACUCAUCCAGUACUUCUGUGGGCCCCAUGGAAGUUUCAACGGUGGGCAUUUCCAUCUCUGCUUUUACAUGUGGUGUGGCCCACUUGAUUUUUGUCACGUUUGCGUUCGUGUCAUAAAAUGAGCUGGAGAAACAGAUGGACGGACUGUAUAUAACACAAAGAUCACAGUGGGCCUCACGAGGGCUUACAGGGAGGGAGAUUCGAAUCGAUUCUUUAUUUCAAUUAUUUAUUAAUUUAUUCAUCAAUUUCAUUACUUUGUUUGUAAAAGUCCUCUGUGAAUUCUAUAUAAAUAGUACCGAUUUAUUUCGAAACAGAUUGGUAGUCCGCCGUA